GUCUGAGGUGCUUGCUGAGCAAGCAAGGCUUUCCGUCGAGCACAGAACACUCACAUCAUAAGGCCCACGAAAACCUUCUCUCCGCAUCUCGAGCUGCUGACCUUGCACAAGUCUUCGUGAUGAUCGAAGCAAAGGAAGACAGCGUAGUCUACGCGUACGAUGGAGAAACAGUGAGAGUGGAGGCUUGGGGCCCCAACGCCGUGAGGAUCAGGGCCGUGCGGCAGCCUGACCUUCCAGACCUGACUUGGGCAUUGAGCGAGACGCCGAAGCAAGCAUCAGCUACGGUUUCGCGGACGAGCGAUGGGACGGCCAUCCUCACCAAUGGCAACAUCAACGUCAACAUUUCGUCGAGGGGCAAGAUCGUAAUCGCCAACCAGCACGGCAAGAUCCUGUUGGAGGAGUACAUGCGUAAUCGCGAUGAUCCUGUCGACCCAAAGUGCAGCGCGUUGCUCAUCGACGCGCGCGAGUUCAAGCCGCUCAUGGGCGGCGACUACGAGAUCACCGCCCGCUUCGAGUCGCAAGACCGAACAGAAAAAAUCUACGGAAUGGGACAGUACCAGCAGCCGCUGCUCAAUCUCAAAGGUGCGGAGCUCGAAUUGGCCCAGCGCAACUCACAAGCUAGCGUGCCAUUCGCCGUCUCGAGCCGGGGCUACGGCUUCCUAUGGAAUAACCCGGCUGUUGGCCGAGCCUUCUUCGGCACAAAUGUGAUGUCUUUCGAGGCAAGGAGUAGCAAGGUGCUCGACUAUUGGGUCGUAGCAGGCGACGAGCCCAAAAAGAUCGUAGAGGCUUAUGCCGAAGUCACAGGCAAGGUGCCGAUGAUGCCUGAAUAUGGUCUCAGCUUUUGGCAGUGCAAGCUCCGCUACCAGACUCAAGAGGAGCUGCUUGGCGUAGCGAGGGAGUAUAGGAAACGCAACUUGCCGAUCGAUCUAAUCGUCAUCGACUUUUUCCACUGGCCUCUGCAAGGCGAAUGGAAGUUCGACAAGACCUACUGGCCCGAUCCUGCGGCCAUGAUCAGAGAGCUCAAGGCGCUCAAGAUCGAGUUGAUGAUCAGCAUCUGGCCAACGGUCGACAAGCGUUCCGAGAACUUCAACCACAUGCUGGAACACGGGCACCUAGUGCGCACCGAGCGGGGCGCCAGGCUCCAAUUUGACUUUGAGGGCGAGUGUACGUACGUGGACUUCACGAGCCAGGCCGCGCGGGACUACGUCUGGUCAAUUGCCAAGGCAAAUUACUACGACCUAGGCAUCAAAACCUUCUGGCUUGACGAAGCCGAGCCGGAGUAUAUCACUUACGCCUUUGACAACUAUCGCUAUGCCCUCGGCCCGGUCUUGCAGGUCGGCAACUUCUAUCCAGUCACUUAUGCUCAAGCCUUCUUCGAGGGUCAAACAGCGCAAGGCCAAGAAAACAUCGUCAAUCUGCUCCGUUGCGCUUGGGCCGGCAGUCAGAAAUUCGGCGCGCUUGUGUGGAGUGGCGAUAUCGGCUCGUCCUGGAGCACAUUUCGCAAUCAGCUUUGCGCCGGGUUGAACAUGGGCCUGGCCGGCUUGCCCUGGUGGACCACAGACAUCGGCGGCUUCCAUGGCGGCGACCCCAACGAUCCAAAAUUCCAAGAGCUCUUGAUCAGGUGGUUUGCCUGGGGCGCAUUCUGUCCGGUGAUGCGGCUUCACGGAGAUCGUGAGCCCAGACAGCCACAGCAGGGCACCACUGGCGGCGCAGGCUGCUGCAGCGGGGCGGACAACGAGGUCUGGAGCUUUGGGGAGCAGGCUUAUGCGAUCUGCGAGAAGUACAUGCACAUCAGAGAGGAGCUCAGGGAGUACACCAGGUCUUUAAUGCGUGAGGCCCAUGAGCGAGGCGCACCAGUCAUGCGGACGUUGUUCUACGUCUUUCCAGACGACCAGGCUGCCUGGGAGGUCGAGGAUGAGUACAUGUAUGGCGACAAGUAUCUGGUUGCUCCCAUACUCAACCCCGGCCAAAGGAGCAGAAAGGUGUAUUUGCCGGCCGGCUGCGAUUGGGUCAGAUUCCAAUCCGCGGGUGAGAAGUUGAAAGGCGGUCGUCACAUCGAAGCCGAUGCCCCCUUGGACGAUAUGCCUGUCUAUGUUCGCGUGUAGGCUACGUCCUCUAAGGACACCGUACUC